AUGUGCAAUCAGCCUUGGAAGCAGAAGCAAAGAUCAUCAUUCCUUGGAAAGCGUCGCAAUAAGAUGCUCAUGUUGUGCGGCUGCUGUGGCUCUGUGGCCUACCACCUUCAGAAGUCGACCUGUGGCAAAUGUGGCUAUCCUGCCAAGAGCAGGAGAAAGUAUAACCAGAGUGCCAAGGCUAAGAGAUGAAGCACUUGCACUGGGUGGAUGAGGCACCUAAAAGUUGUCUGUGGAAGAUUUAGACAUGGAUUCCGUUUAGGGACAUCACCUAAACCCCAGAGGGCAACUGUGCCAGCAUCCAGUUCAUCUUGA